UCGGUUAACUUUAGUGAUCAUGAAUGAAAAUGAGAUCCUUUAUCAAAAUAUAUUUAUUCAAUGAACAGUUGACAAUGAUCAGCAAUUUAUAAAGAAUAUAACAUUUCAGUAACAUAUAGCUAUAAUGUUCUUUAAACACCACCAUAUAUCUUUAUGAGAAAAAGAAAGCCGUUACUAUUAAUGUAAUUGCUGAAAAUAAUCUAUUAAUAGUACAGUCAGUGGACUUAAAUUAGCAAGGUUACGUUUUUCCUUUGACACCGUAUGAAACCGAAGGAAGGAGAGGAAAAAGAAAACAAACAAGGAAAAGAAAAGGCGAUGCGUCAUGUUCGUGUGAUAUAGUUUUAGGAAUUAUUUCAGGUAGAUCGUCGAGCUACCAAUUCUUUGAUCCAGACAGGAUCAAGAUCAUUAACCAUUAGAACAGAGAAUCUGUUCUAGCGAGGAUUUGUUUUAUUUUGUGCGCUGUAAAUUGCUGACACCUACUCAUGGAGUUAUCAAUAAGAAAACAGAAAGUUGUCACAGAAUGAUACAAUCGAGCAAGAAAAUGCGGAUGAAACUUUAUGUACACGAAAGGAAUUUUAAAGAGUAUGACCUUCUCAUCAAUCCGAAAGAUUUCCCAGGAAUAAACCAAGGAGAUGUACUUGAGAUUUAUAAUGCCCAAGUAAAUUACAGCCGAUUGCUUCUUCAAGUGAAUACUUUAACAGAAGACUUACAGGCUAAAGAGUGUAUAAGUGUAGAGUCUUCAAUUGCUGGUGCUUUUCAUUUAAAACCCUACAAUGAUGUGUAUGUCAACAAAGUUGAUCCUACGGAGGUCAGUUUGGACUUGGUGGAGCUCUUGUACAAAGAACAGUAUUACAGUCGAAGUGAUAUGUGGAGGAUGAGAAAGAAAUUGGUCAACACUUGUGCCUAUCUGAACAAAAAAAUAGAAUUUGCAGAGAUGAGGUGUCAGGUGAGUGAGUUAUGGUCAAAAGGAGAACGUGUGACAUGUGGAGUUAUUGACGAUAACACAAGGAUAGUUUUCCGAUCUUCUACUGCUGUGGUCCAGAUUUUUAUCCAGAUGAGCUCUGAAAUGUGGGAUUUUGAUGUCCAUGGGGAUCUAUAUUUUGAGAAAGCUGUCAAUGGGUUCCUUACAGAUCUCUUUGCUAAAUGGAAGGAACAGAAUUGUUGCCAUGAUGUCACUAUUGUUCUAUUUUCCCGUACAUUCUACAGUGCCAGUAGUUGUGAUGAAUUUCCUGAAAUUAUUCGUGAUUGGAUUCAGCAAGAUUACAAAGGAAGAUUCUAUGAAGAUUUCUACAGAAUUGUGGUGCAGAAUGAGCGUUAUGAAGAUUGGGCUAGUACCUUAAUUCAGUUACGUGUUAUUUUUAAUGAAUAUCCGCGGAAAGUGGUUCGCUACCAUGAGGCAUGUGGAUUAACUGUGCCACCAGCUGAAAACUCAACCGCCUCUCAGGGCAACUUCUUAGAAACCUUGAAUAUGUCCCUUAAUUUGUUUGAGCGUUAUUAUCUUGAUCGAAGUUUUGAUCGUACGGGCCAAGUAGCUGUAGUUAUAACUCCUGGACCAGGUGUGUUUGAAGUUGAUCGUGAAUUAACAAACAUUACAAAGCACAGAACAAUCGAUUGUGGUAUUGGAAGUGAUUUGGUUUGUAUGGGAGAGCAACCACUACAUGCAGCACCUCUAUUUAAAUUCCAUAGUAAAACUGAGAAAAUCACUUUGGAAGUCGGAGAUGAUUAUAAUAUUCCUCAUUGGAUGAACCACAGUUUCUAUACUUUCAAAUCUCCUCUUCUUGGCACUGAAUCGACCUUCAUUCCACGAAUCAAACCUCCAAAAAUUCCUGGCCACUUACCACAUGGGGGUAAUUGUGCAUCAGUGCUUGAGGAUAUUAAGAUGAAAUCCAAAGAAGAUGUGUAUUCCUCGUCCUAUUAUUCUGAUAAUGAUUUCACUUUUAUUGAUUAUGAUGGUUAUGAUACCCAAGUCUUCAAAUUUCCUUCCAGAGGAGUUCCAAGAACUAGUAAAGGCAGUGGCCAUUUCAGCUCAUUACGGAAACGUCCCACCACAGUCGCUGAAGUGAAAAAGAACCGAAAGCCACGUACUCGAUAUAUUUCCGAUGACUUCUCUGGUCUUUUCACAGAGAAUACACCCAAAAGUACUGCUACAUCUCCUGCUAUAUCCAUCCCUCUUCAAAAUUCCACAGAAUUAGGGUCUCCCAUUGUCAGCUACCCACUUAAUGAUCGUUCAAACGCUCAUGAUUUUGUUGGGUUAGCUGACAGUGAUGACUGCACAAUUACUCGUCCAAUUGUUGGUAGUGCUGGUUCUCCAGUUGGCCAUUCUAGAAAUUACCACCACAGACCACGGAAAGCUCUAAUCAAUCCGUUUGCUCCAUCAAGAAUGCGCUUCAAAAUGACCUCAAAUCGUCGGCGAUGGGUUCAUGCCUUUCCAACAGAUCCAAGUGGAGCUGCUGUGCAAACACAUCAUACAUCUCAGCAUUUGCAUAAUUCUACUGAGGAAUCUGAAUCUUCAGAUGCUUUGCGAGGAGAGACAUCUUCAUCGUUAUCACAAAGCAGCAAUGAUAAGAAAAUUAUUCAUCGUCAAAGAGCAGAUAAUAUCAGUCUGGAGGCUACAAGAGUUGGAUAUAUUUUAGGAAAUUCUUAUUCAGAUGAUCAGUUGCCAUGCAGUAAAUCUAAUUCCCCUAGUCAUCAUUUUGGUUGGGCUAUGACCAAUAGCUGCCUCUCUCAAUCUAGUGAGCAACACAAAUACUUAUCCCGUAGUCAGUCCUCUCGGGAACCAUAUCGAACGUAUAUGUGGGGAGUUACAGGGGAACAAGAAUGGAGUCCAGAAAUGACCACAGGUUGGGACUGGAGACCAUUGAACCGGCAAGAAACUUCUCGUGCAUCAUCACAUCUCAUAAAACAGAUCUUAACAGCCGAUUAUAAUACUCAGCAUUUCUGUGCUGGCAUAAGUGUUGAUUGGAAGUCUCUAACAAUUCCAGCAUCUUUACCAAUUACAACAGACUUCUUCCCAGAUCUGCGUAGUUUGAAUGCUGAUUUUGUAGUUUAUCAUUACAUCAUUCUGCCUGAAAUUGUGAACAGUGAAUACUGGACAAAUCUACCAAGCAACCCAGAUGAGAAAUGCUACCGAAAGCCUCCAAUGGACACAGAGCAAUUGUUCAGGGAGCUGAUAUCACAAAGAUUAUCACAGGGUUUCCAACUGAUUGUUUUGCCAAAGAACCUAUCUGAUUCUUUAUCCAUCACCAGACAUCGAGGAGCUGGAUUUUAUAAAUCACUUCAUAAUAAAAAUGAAGAUUCUGAAAUCUGUUAUUUAAGUAUUGGCCGAGUUUAUCAUAAGAUGACUCGCGUGGAUAAAACUGUUAUAGUCACUAGAUACAUGCCACGGCAUCCAUAUCGUCUGAUGCACUACAAAUACCGAUAUAGAUUUCAAGCUCCUGAUUCCGACCAUUACAGUCUGUCUGAGACUGAAUUUACCAAUGAAAAGCUGGAAAACUAUAACUGGAAUUAUUUAGAUCACUUUAUUUGUACUCAGGGGGAGGGAGAUUACCCACUAACCAAGAUUUUAAAAUACUGGCGCAGCCGGUUUUUCCUCUUGCCAUACAGUAAUAUCACCAAAAAAUUAUCUGAAGCUGGUUCUGAACCCAAAUGUGACAUAUAUGAAGAUGUCCCAAUUAAUUUCCUGAUAUAUAUUAACGGAUUUAUUCGCUUUGCUGAAUCUCUGAAUAAAAUCAAACGAACUCAGCAUAAUCGGAGAAAUACUAAGGCAUCUAAUCCACUUGUGCAAAGUGCAUCGAUAACAGCAGCAACCAAUGCUGCUGCUCAGAAUGCAGCUGCUCAGAGUGCUGCCGCUGCUGCAGCGGCAGCUUCAGCAUCAGCUUCAGGUGCAGGAGGAGCCUCAUCGUCUGUGAUAACGUCAACUUCAACUGGAGAAAGCUCCGCACCAGUUACAGCUGGGUCAAACCCAGCCAUUGAUAGUUGCCUGACUAACCAAGAGAGAGUUUCUGCAGACUCUAGUCCAACAAAGAUCCUCCAAGCCAUGUUAGAUCCCAAAACUGGGAUUCCUUUCUUAACGAAACACGAGGGUUUACAAAUGAACUGCUUUAUAUCAGCAGAAGCUGUCACUUGGUGCUUACAUUGGUUGCCUAAUAUAGAAACUUUAGAACAGGCUAUUGCCCUACUUCAGUCUUUUGUUGAGAAACAACUCAUAUGUCAUUCAUCUGGAAAUAUUCAUCACAAUUUUGUCUUUGGAUUCCUUUUCUACUUUAUAGUCAACAAAGAAGGUGGUGAGGGUGGUACAUCAGGUAACAACAUUUCUUAUAACCCUUUGUUUCAAAACGAAUGGCUUGAAGUGUCCAUUGCUAAUGACCAGUUAGAAGCCCCUAGUUACCCAGCUUAUACGAUGGCUGCCAGAAAUACGGAUCCAAAGGAGGAUGGGAGCAAUAACAAAGCAUCUAAUAAGAAAAUUAAAAAUGAAAUCUAUAAAUUUUGUAAUGUGGAUGUUGAUCCUGGCAAAAAGAGUGACCGUGUAGAAUGGGCAAGAGCAAAAUAUAGUUCGGGUUUCCAUUCCAAAUGUGCUUUUGAGUUAGAAGUCCAAUGGAUGGUGGCAUCGGGACCUGUCUUUGGUGAACUUAUUUACACGUGGUCUCGGAAAACCCAGAACGGCGGGUUCCAUCUCUUACCUGUACCUCUGGAUCCAUUUGCUUUACCACAGUGGCCUCAAUCAGAUCCUUUAAGAGGACCAUUUACCCUAAAAAUGGAUCUCUCUUGUAUUAAAUGCUUAGCGUCAGGGUGUAUCGAAGGGAAGGAUUUUAAUGAAACUACAAAAAUUAUCUUGAAAUUCCAGUCCGCAGUUGUGAAAAGAUUUGGUUUCAUUAGCGUGAAGAUGCAGAAUGAUGACAGCCAAUCUCCAUGGUACUGUAUUGAAGUCGAACAGUAUAUUCACUGUUCUGGAGGGAUGUUCAUCAUACUCUCUACCAUCGACAAUCUCUGUAAACUUGGUACCAAACAAAGGUCAACUCGUUCCUCCUCUCAAGUGUCAGAAACUGCUGUAAAUUACAUUGAACACUGUGGUGACCUACGCCAUGAACAGAAUUCAUUGUCAGCAAACUUUCCUAUACUUUGGUCAUGGAACCAUAUGUUAUCCAAGCGAUGGCGCACAACAUUCACUGGAGAUGAACUCUUUCAAGACAAAGUUCUUUUGGACUUCAGGAAAUUUUGUAACAACAAUGAAAACCGACUCUUAAAUUUCUGGAAUGAGUUCUACUCAGCUUCCUCUUCAGAGGUUACCUGACCAAAGAAAUGAAUCUUAAGAAUUCAAUUUGGUUGCGGUCAUUAGCGAAGACUGUACAGAUUAUUUAUUAAUUAUGAAAAUUAUCAGUAUUUAAUGACAGUCCUAUAAUGGAGAUGUAUAUUGUUUCCCCACCAGAUUUGUAAAAUAAUUAAAUUAUCUUUGCGUUUUGAAAAAAAAGUGUAUUAAAUAAAAAUAAAAA